GUUUGUCUUUACGCGUGCUACAUUACGUGGAAACAUACGUCGUGUACUGUAUUUACAGGAGACUAAUGGAAGUGAGGAUGUUGUUUCAUGUAUUGUUUAUUUGUAUGUCCGUGUGUUUUCGAGUAUGUGUUUCGUACUCCAUAACAGUGGAUGCCCAUGCAGAAGAAUGCUUCUUUGACAAGGUUGAAGCCGGAACAAAAAUGGGGCUGAUGUUUGAAAUUGCUGAAGGUGGUUUCCUUGAUAUUGAUGUUAAAAUAAUCGGACCUGAUAACAGAAUAAUCUAUCAAGGUGAACGUGAAACCAGUGGAAAAUACACUUUUUCGGCGCAUACAACUGGAGUAUACACGUAUUGUUUUAGUAAUCAAAUGUCUACAAUGACUCCUAAGGUUGUCAUGUUUAACAUGGACAUAGGAGAAGCACCUAAGGAUCAAGCUCCAGCAUCUGAAGGGGGAGAUGAUCACAACAAGUUACAGGACAUGAUAAAAGAACUAUCUACAACACUUACUGGAGUAAAGCAUGAACAAGAAUACAUUGAAAUGAGAGAUAGAAUCCAUCGAAAAAUUAACGAGAGUACAAAUUCGAGAGUGGUCAUGUGGUCUUUCUUUGAAGCCAUGGUUCUAGUUGCUAUGACUGUGGGACAGAUCUAUUACCUGAAACGAUUUUUUGAGGUUAGGCGAGUGGUAUAAGAAUUUCACUAAGAGAGACAUAUGAGUGUGUGGCUGUGAAUAGAAGUGUGUGUAUGCAGAUUAUACGAACUUCUAUUGUUGUGUCAGUAUUUAAUAAAGAGGUGUAAAUGUCUAUAUGAAUGUACCAAGAUUUUGAUGUUAAAUGUUUUUCUAUUGAAAUUUGCAGAAAUAAAACAUUUUUCCAUCUGAAA